UUUCACCGUUGUUCUCGUGGGCGAUGUCUACUGAUUUUAUUAUCAUUUGAGGGCAUUGUGGGGUGAAUUUUGCUCGGCUUUGUUGUCAGUCUUUUUAGGGCCUAAUAAUCAUUUCGUUUCUGAGAACUUUCUAAAAUUGUGGCAACUCUGAUUACUUCUUCAAUUCGUUGAUCGAUCCUGGGAUUUUCUGGGUUGGAAGCCGACUUUUGCUGAUUAUGCGAAUCUUGUUUGAUUUUCGAUGAUAAUCAUCACAUUCAAAAUGAGCCGGACUCAUGAUGGGCAUCAUGCUUCUUCUCCUUUUGGAAAUCCAUUCAAGCUGAUCUUUUCCAAGGGACAAAACCGUUCGCCAAAGCUACUGACUCUACUGAGUUCUUUUGAGCAAAGUUUGGCAGAAAACAUUAGAAAGCUCAAGCCCAAUGAUGCCACAAAUAUUCCUAGUUUGUUAUGGUUGAGACAAGCAGUUGAUGCAUUACUUGAGAGCCACAAUAAGCUCAAGGCUCUCAUAUUUGAUCUGGAGUUCCCUGCCUCGGUCUGGGAUGAGAAGUGGAUUGAGUUAUAUUUGGAUGACAGCUUGAAGUUACUUGAUGUUUGUAUCGCAUUGAUUUCUGAGGUUUCCAGAUUAGAGCAACACCAGAUCCUUCUUCGAUAUGCUCUGCAGAUUUCUGACGUUUCCAGAUUGGAGCAGCUACAGCGAGCUGACGAAGCUCUUCAUGACUGGACACAGAAGCUUCACUUCAGGAAUUCAAAACUUGAAAAUGCUCCAUUUAUCUUGCUGGGAAUGGUGGGAGCACUCUCUUUGCCAAAGGUUAAAAAUUCACCCAAGGGAAAGGUCUUGACGAGAGCAUUAUAUGCAGUCAAGGUUGAGAUGAUGUUCAUCUCUAGUGUCCUCGUAGCAGUAUUUUCAGGCUGCUCAAAGCCAUUGAUAGACAUGCAAGUUCCCAAUGAUUUUCUAUGGGCUGACGCUUUCAAUGAUCUGCAAACCAUUGUUUACAACGAGCUGAGAAGUAGACUGUUUUUGGACAAGCUUCUAAUAUUGAAGGAGCUGGGUGAAGUUGAUGCAUGUUCCAAGCAACUUCAUGGUAUGAUGGUUAUCAUUAUUCAGAAGGAUGACGAAAAGGAAGUAGCCAGAGAUAAUAAUGUGGAUGAAGCGAGAAGGAGAUAUGGGAAACAAAUUUCUGUGCUGAAUAAAGGAGCUUUGUAUCUUGCCAAUGAGUUGGAGCUUCUUGGAAAGAAGUUGAAUGACUUCUUCGAGCUUAUCAUGUUAGGACGGGAUGGUUUGCUUGCUAGCUUAAGAACCUCCGAUGAUUGUAGAAAGCAGUAGCUAUACGAAGUUGAUUUUAGUAUCUACAGCAUUCUACUGGUGAUGUGCACCUGGUGGCACUGAUAGGUAACCUGAUCCAUGCUAGGCCGUGUAAAGUCAAAUCUUUUAGAAGGAGCUUUCUUGAAUAUUAACUUGGUACAAAUCAUACUGUAGCUGACCAAAUUACUGUAGGUUGUAAGGUCUACUAAUGGGGUUCUGAGGGACAAACUCUUUUUUUCUUUUGGUGGUUUUGUAAACUAAUGUGUUCGAAGUCUCUCUGUUUGGUCUUUGUUUAUGCAUAGGUAUUAGUUUGAAUAACAGUAUUAUGUGCUAAUGCUGUUCAUUGGGUCCAAUCUUGUAGGUUUUUCAUUUGUUUGAAGCAAAGCAGUUAAUUGCUGCAGGAUUUCUAGUUGGGAUGUUGUUUCUUGAUGGUAAGAUUUUCGCCAUGGAUCAGUAGAUGUCCUUUGGUUUUCUGUUUCGAAAGUAUUGUUUUAUCUGAUUUUUUUAAUUUCCGGAGCUGAAGGACACUUCUGACUAAGCUGGCAGAAAGCCUUGUUGAUAGCAGGUUCGACUUAUUUUAAUCUAUUUAUCUUAUUGAA